GUCAGAUAAUAUCAACUCGUAAUCGUCCCGGUUAUUUUGUUUCCAUUUAAAAUGUUUUAAUUAUUUCGCGUUCAAGACACCGUGUUGCACGUCAGAUCGUUUGUGCCUGAGCGAGUUUCCAAUAUGGAAGAACGAGAAAAUGGAAAAGAUAAAUCGGACGUGUGCCGUUUGUGUCUCGGCACAACUGACGUCACUGUGCCCAUCGGACAACACAGUGACAAGACGACAUCGAUUAUUGACAAAAUUCAUUACUGUACAUCUCUAAUCGUGAAAGUAUCUGAUAAUUACCCUCAAAAUAUUUGUACGGCCUGUGCUGAAAAACUAGAUUUAACCUACAACUUCAAAAGUAAAGCUAUAUCAUGUGAUUUGGAAUUAUCUAAAAAUGUGCAUAGGGAGGUAAAUUUCACUUAUAUUCAAGUCUCCGAUGAUCCUUUAAACUUGACGUACAAAUUGGAUUUGGAGGAACAAGAUUCUUCUGUACAUUUAGGUGAUAGUUGUGUGUACAACAUAGUUGAUGGGGAUGAGUUAACAAUUGAACCGGUCAACGUUUUAAGUGAUACAAAUAAAAUCAUUGAUACACCAUACAAUGAUAGCAAUGAAAAUACAUUUACAGUGACGAUAAAUUGUGAUAACCAAAGGUCAGAAGUUAUCAUGAAUAAAUCAAAUAAUGACCAAGACUCUUAUACUAAUAAUAAAAAGAAAAAUUCUUCAGUUGAUCUCAAACGAAGUUCAGAUAAGGCUCUAUUGGGUAGUGAAAAAAAUAAAUCAAAAAAAAUUAAAAUCGAAAAUGAUGUAGACACUGAAAGACCGUUACUCAUUGUGAAAAAUGGCAAAGUUGUCUAUAUUUGUGGUGUAUGUAAUUUCGAAGCAGAAUCUAUGGGGCUUCUACUCAGUCAUCGAGCUCGUGCUCAUUUAGACAAUAUUAAUAGUUUUAAGUGUUCUGAAUGUCCUAGUUAUUUCAAAACUCCUGGAAUACUAAAGCGACAUACUACUAUGCAUCAUGAUGCUACUCACAUCUGUAAAUAUUGUGAUAAAAAAUUUUCUAACAAAUCGAGUCUCGAUCGUCAUAUCAACAACCAUCAUAAUAAUACUCCAUUAGAGUUUCAAUGUGUCAAAUGUAAUGCUUAUUUCGAUUCCAUGGACAAAAUGGAAGACCAUUUGGUUGUGCACUACACAAGUCCUUCAAGUGUCUUUAGCUGCAAUCAUUGUGAUCGUUCAUUUACAACAUACGCAGCAAAAAACAAACACAUCGAUCUGGAACAUAUGUUUGAAAUUGAAUGUGAUAUUUGUCAUGUAGUUUUACCUACAAAAGAAGCUAUGGAAAAACACAAUAACUCUGUACAUCAACCCAAAAAAAAAGGAAAUAAAAUGUAUGCAUGCACUAAAUGUGGAAAAUACUUUUCGGGUAUUAAAGAUAUUUUAAAUCACCGAGAAACUCAUCUAUCAAAUGAAGUAUAAAGUUUCAAUGUUUUUCAAAUCUAAUUAUUUCAAAAUUAUUUUUUAUGUAUUUUUAUAUUAUUAUUUAUCGA